AUGGCAUUUGUGGCGGUACGCGUCAUCAACGGGGUUAUUAGUGGGAAAAGGGAGCAGGAAGCGGGGGAACGGCUGCUUGACCGGCUGCUGAACGCAUUACCCAAUGCGGAGGUCAUACCACCCACAGUCACGGAUCUUCUCCCGCUUGUGGAUCGUCAUGUUUCUGCGGGCAACGGGCUUCUCUGGGUUGACUGUGGAUACUCCAGCAGCGACGAGGGCUCACUGCUUACCGCCCCAGUCGAUCGUCGCACGCCAAAAUAUAUCGGCAAUGACGCUUUGGGGUGGUACGGCGGCGGUUUUCUACCAGCGUUGAUACAGCUGCUUUUACUGCGCGAGGAGGUGCGUAUCUCUAAAACCUUUCCACAUGAAUCUGCGUUUAAGUCAUCUGGCAAGAUACAUUUGCGAUGGUUUGCCGUGCGUUCCUUUGACACACCUGUGGUAGAUUUAGUGGCGCCUUUUGUUCCGAUCCAUACGGAGCGGGACGCAUCGCAGGAAGUGGAUGCGGGGGCUACCGUCUCCCCGUCGGCACCCCUUGAGCAUCUGAUCAUUUACGAUGUUCGUGGUUUUGUGGAGCACUUAGAGCGGGUUGUGGUGACACCUUCAUUUAGUCGAGCACGUGAGCAUCUCUCGCACGUAUUUUGGCUUACAUUACGGGGCAUCUCGUAUGUUGUGUGCAUCGUUCAUGACACCCAUACGGAGUUUUUCACCAAAGCCUUGACAUGCUCAAACCAACUUUGCGGAUCACAAGGUCCUCCGCUGUCCUUUUUUCAUUCCAUAGAGUCUGUGAAACUGGGGCUAUCGUUUAACGAAACCCUGUGUCAGACACCGAGCACACCACGAGGCAGUACUUCACCAAACUGGGGAUGGUGCGUUCGCGUCGGCAGUCAUCAGUGGGAGGACCCUCUUGACUUUGUAUCGUUGCUGCAGCGUUUGCUGGACGUUCCAACAUGCAGAGAGGCUACCGUAGCACUGCCUCGUGACUGCAGUCUUGCCGCCAGCAAGCCGACACGUGGGGCGGAACACGAGGAAGUGAAACCGACUCAACGGCGCCGCACGACUGUACGGCGUAUUACGCCAGCAGAACCACAAAGAGCGUCUCUAUCGUCGGAAGCCGCAACAAAAGAAGAUGUUCUCCCAGACGGGUCAAAUGGAAUGUCGCUGUGUGCAUCACGGUGCACAUCACGGACCUCCUCAGAAAAGGCCUUACCACGUAAUAGUUUGUAUUCCCCCCGCCUCGGCGCUGUGCAUCUUCGGGAGCAAAUAAUCUUGGAAAAGGAGCGGCUGAUGCACGCGGAAUUGGAGGCACAACGUGCGAUGGAGCGUCACGCACUUUUGGAGCGUGAAGAACACACGCUGCAGAAGGAGGCGGCUACCAUCAAUGGAAAUAUUGAGUUUCUGCGCCAUGCCAUCGAGGCCGAAGAGAAGAGAAUGCAACAUGUCAGCGGUGGGAACCUUUCUGAGGAGACUCGACUGCAACGACACCAUGAGGAAGACAAGGAGCGGCGGGAGAAGUCACCACAGUUUACCCCACAACAGAUUAGCGAGCAUUAUGAAAAUGUGAGGAAACAACUCCGACGUAGCAUUCAGUCGCAAAUGGCAGCAUUGGCGCACCAGCAAGAGGAGGAAGAGUCAAAGAUGGAACAUUUUUGCGAGGAGCAGGCAGAGCAGCGUCGCCUGGAGACUGCGAGGUCACACGAAGAGCUGCGUCAGAUUCAAGAAGACAUCAAUGCCUCGACGAAGGAACUUCAGUGCCUCGAGGAGGAAGAGACAAGAGAGGCCUUUAUUUCACAGUUGCACCGAGUAGGGAAUGAAGCUUCAAUCGAAAGAACGCAUGUAACUCAAAUGGAUAUGGAUGAAGCAAGGACGCUGAUGCUUCAGAAGAAGCGACAUGAAUUGUUGUUAUUGGAAGAAAGGGCGCGGCGGCUGCAAGAGGUAGUGGAUAUGGCGCGUGAAUCUGUUCGUCGUAUUUCGAGCGUAAAAGAGAAAAAAGAACCUCGCAUAACGAGGCCGACAACGCGGACGUUUCUCUCGUAUGAUGCGCCGUUGCAUGUUGCGUUGCGCCUUAGCGUCCGGCGAACUUUGAAGGAAGAAGAGAGUCUUUGUCGUGCUCGCAUUGAGCGUGAAUACAUGGAACGUCUUAUGAGCUUCUGGAAACAAUGGCAGGACGAGGUGUAUUGCGUGACGUUGAAUUCGCCGUUAACGAAGGCGUUGCGUGCGGCACGUGCGAAUUACACAUCACUGCAGGAGGAGUGGGAGAAGACGCAACGCGAGCAGAUGGAUUCUCAGCAAGAUGUGGAGAGGGAGCUGGAGGCCGUGAAGGCGUAUAGUGCCGCUCUGCGGCGGGAGCUUGGGGAUAUGCAGAAGCGACACAACGCCUGCCUAAGCGAGCAGCGUCGUAUCGUUGAAGAAUUGCAGCACGUGUUGCAAAGCGAGGCCGAUACAGUACUGCGACAUAUCACAGCUGUGGUGGAGACGCUUUUGUGUGAAGCUGGUGGGGAGUCCAGAAAUGCUCUUGAUGAUAUCCGUGAUGGGGAAAAAAGCAAUGUGCGUCGGGCGCUGCAGACGGUAUUAACGGCGGGAUGUCAUCAAGUUUCACGCCACUAUCGGCAGAGACGACAAAAGGAAACACAGGGAACCGUGCAAGACAAAACACACAUGCCCAUUUCAGAGGCGUCUCUUUUACUCAUUCAAGAGACAUGUCAGGAGUACAAAAAAUUGUGUGAGGGCAUAUUGGAACGACAUCGACUAGAGGUGGAGAGUUGCUGCCUGGCAGACUCCUGCCACGCGAAGGAAGAGACUUUGUCUGUCGAACGGAAUGGCAGGAGAAAUGGGCAGCAGACAAUAAAUGCCACGGGAUGCGAUGGCUGCGAAGCCUGA